UGGGGGUUAUUCUGGUCAGAGCCUCAGAAAACACGUUCGAUUCAUCAUUGGAUGUAGAAUGGAAGAACUGGAAAUUGCAGUACAACCGGCAUUACAUAGAGGGUGAGGAGACCAACAGGAGAAUGAUUUGGGAAAGUGCUAUGAGUUACAUUAAACAGCACAACCGAGAGUACGCCAUGGGGAAGCACACAUUUACUGUGGGAAUUAACCAAUUUGGAGAUCUGACAAAUGAAGAGUUCAAUAAAUUGAUGAAUGGAUUCCUCAUAAAUGAAGGUGAAAGCUCAAUUGCAAAAGUUGAAGAAUAUGAUGGGUUUGAUGAAACUAAUGAAAAUGACCUGAAAUUGCCAGAGUCUUUCGAUUGGAGGAAAAAGGGUGUAGUCACACCAAUAAAGAACCAGGGAAAAUGUGGCUCCUGCUGGGCCUUUAGUGCAACUGGAGCCCUCGAGGGACAGAUGGGAAAAAGAGGCAAACUUAUUUCUCUAAGUGAGCAGAACCUGCUGGAUUGUGACGUGCGAUCUUACGGAUGCAAUGGUGGAUAUAUGGAAAGUGCCUUUUAUUGCAUUCAGCUGGAAGGUGGCAUAAACUCUGAAAAAGUAUAUCCAUACACUGCAAUAAAGUCCGACUGCAAAUUUAGGAGCGACAAGGUUGUUGCCAAGGUCAGUAAGUACUGCACGCUCAGAAAAAACGAAACAGCUCUGGCAAAAGGCGUGACUAAGUUUGGACCAAUUUCAAUUGCUAUUGAUGCAAGCCUUAAAUCGUUCCAGUAUUAUAAAGAAGGAAUCUACUAUGAUCCACAAUGCUCCAAUCAAUAUGUGAACCAUGCAUUGCUGGCAAUUGGAUAUGGCAUAGAAGAUGGAGACAAUUAUUGGCUUAUUAAAAACAGCUGGGGCACAACAUGGGGUGACCUUGGUUACUUGAAACUGGCGAAGGACAAGGGCAAUCAUUGUGGAAUUAUCAAUUAUAUCGUCUAUCCACUCGAGUAAGAGCACCUGCAACCAACCAGACCUUCCAAACACGGCCUGAAACAUUUUGGAAAGUUCUCCGCUGUUGCUUAUUAAUUUCUAUACCGUUGCUUUAACUGUCUGCGGCAAAUGCAUACACAUGUUCAAGAGAAUAAAAGUAGUUUCUGUAUAUUCUGCAGUGUGACAUUAAGGGCAAA